CCGGAGGACGGGACGUAGGCCAGAGGCUGCGUAGAGCCGGGGCUGGUGCUUGUCAGUCCUCGCUGCUUCUUGAGGAGGUCGGCGGUGGCUCCUGCAUCAUGAGCGAGGCGGACGGGCUGCGGCAGCGUCGGCCCUUGCGGCCUCAGGUUGUCACGGACGAUGGCCAGGCCCCGGAGGCCAAGGACGGCAGCACCUUUAGUGGCAGAGUCUUCCGAGUGACUUUCUUGAUGCUUGCUGUUUCCCUCACCGUUCCCCUGCUUGGCGCCAUGGUGCUGCUGGAGUCUCCCAUAGACCCACAGCCUCUCAGUUUUAAAGAACCUCCUUUCUUGCUUGGUGUUUUGAAUCCAAAUACAAAGUUGCAACAAGCCAAAAGGCUGUAUGAAAAUCAACUUAUUGGGCCAGAGUCGAUAGCACAUAUUGGAGAUGCCAUGUUUACUGGUACAGCAGAUGGCCGGGUUGUGAAGCUUGAAAAUGGUGAGGUAGAGACGAUUGCCCGAUUCGGCGCUGGCCCAUGCAAAACCCGGGAUGACGAGCCUGCCUGUGGGAGACCUCUGGGCGUCCGGGCAGGGCCCAACGGGACCCUUUUUGUGGCUGAUGCCUACAAGGGACUGUUUGAAGUAAAUCCGUGGAAACGUGAAGUGAAAAUGCUGUUGUCUUCCGAGACACCAAUUGAGGGAAAGAAAAUUUCCUUUGUAAAUGAUCUUACAAUAACUCGAGAUGGGAGGAAAAUUUAUUUUACGGAUUCUAGCAGCAAAUGGCAAAGACGAGAUUAUCUGCUUUUGAUUAUGGAGGGAACGGAUGAUGGACGCCUGCUGGAGUAUGACACUGUGACCAAGGAAGUGAAAGUCUUAAUGGACCAGUUGCGGUUUCCUAAUGGAGUCCAGCUUUCUCCGGCAGAGGACUUCGUUCUGGUGGCAGAAACGACCAUGGCAAGGAUCAGAAGAUUCUAUGUGUCUGGUCUGAUGAAGGGAGGGGCAGAUAUGUUCGUGGAGAACUUGCCUGGAUUUCCAGACAACAUUCGGCCCAGCAGCUCCGGGGGAUACUGGGUCGGCAUGGCGACGAUCCGUUCUAACCCUGGGUGUUCCAUGUUGGAUUUCUUAUCCGAGAGACCCUGGAUUAAGAAAAUAAUUUUUAAGCUCUUCAGUCAAGAGACAGUGAUGAAGUUUGUGCCACGGUACAGCCUCAUCCUAGAACUCAGCAACAGUGGGGCCUUCCAAAGAAGUCUGCAUGACCCCAAUGGCCUGGUGGCCUCGUAUGUCAGUGAGGCACAUGAACAUGAUGGACACCUCUACCUGGGCUCCUUCAGGUCCCCUUUCCUCUGCCGGCUCAGCCUCGAGUCUGUGUGACCAGCUGAGAGCUGCCCCGAGGCCAAGCCAGGCAGCAUCUCACUGGGACCUCACAUCAGGGCUGUAGUGCUGAGCAGGGGCCCUGGGUCCAGGAGGAGCCAUGGGCACAUCUCUGUCCUGUGCCCGUCAGUCCUCACAUGUGUGCAGGGACUGCUGCUGUGUCCCUUGAGGUGUGAGCCCCUGAGCGUCGCCCUCACCCGGGCUUGACUUUGUAUCUAUCUGCCAUGGGGAAGAUAAAUCCAUGUAAAGCCAUUUUCUCUUUAGAUAAAAACGCUUUCUCUGUCUAGCAAUUCUCGAGGAGUUGGGAACACCAUGCACUUUAACCAGGGCUCAGGGUUUGGUGGUUGGAGCAGUAGACUUGCUGCUCAGGGGUCUUGUUUUGGCUGUUGGCUCUGUCCUGCCAGCCUUCAUGUCUUCACUAUAAAAUGGGCAGUGCCUUUCUUUGGGGGAGGGGAGCACAGUGCCAAAGUGCGUUGAGCUUAGUGGCAGUAGCUGUGCAGGUGAGGAGUUUAGAACUCUGUUCUUGAGAGUUGUGCUGAGACCUGGGCCCUUGGUCCCCAGGGCCCCCUUCCAUGCAGAGGAGGGUGUGGUUCCCACCCCUCCGCAGCCUGCUGCAGCUCAGCCCCCUCCAUCGCAGAGAGUUUCAGGGAUCUACAAGUCAGUGCAGAUGAAAAGCAUGUUUAUUCCAACAGCUCUGCAAGCGCUUUAUGAGUGUCUGUAAACUCACUGCUGCCCCAGAGUGGGGUGAUCCAGUGACAGCACUGCAGGGUCAGUUAGGAGAGGCCGCUUAUGCACCUUUGUUCUUUGUUCACCCUAGGCCUGCAGACAUGAGUAGGGCCCGGCGCAUGGGAGUGUCAGGCCCGAAGUUGUUGAAUAUCUUGACAAGUAUGUCUACCCACUCGUCGUAAGUUUAUCAGGGAGACCCACGUAAUGAUGAUCAUAUUAAAUCUGUUUUUCUGCUGCCUCACUGUUUUUGAUGGUGUUGCCUGGAAGUGUCUUCUCUAGUUUAAUAUUCUUAUUUUAGCAGUGACUAGAAAUUUCAUUCCUCUAGUGUUGAUAUGGAGAUUGUUUUUCGUUAGGGUUUUGUAUUAGUGACAAAUGAUCCAUUCGAUUUGCUCAGGAAGACAACCCACAGGAUGCACACACAGCUACCGUCUUCCGGCUCUGCAUCUCCCAGUGUUGAGUUAUUCUUGAGCAAGUUAAUAGUACUUUUCUCUCCUGUUUUCCAACCUACAAAAUGGGGUUCUUCCUUGGGUGUUUAUGAAAAUACACCAGAGAUUGUGUCUCUGGAAGUAUUUUAAACUUGACAUAGACAGUAUUUUUAGUAGGUAGUCAUGUUAAAAUCAAAGAUGAGUGGCAGCUGUGGUAAAAUCUGAACCUUUUGUGUCUUGUUGCACUGGCUAGUGUUCUGCCCCUGUGGACCCUUUCCCAAUACUGCCCCCAUCCCACCCUGGUCAGGCCUCAUCUGAGGGGAAGUGGGUGCCAGGAGUCUUGACGGUGGGUUAGUCUUAUUGCCCUAGCCUUCUCAGGGCUGGUGCUGUGUGGGCAGCACCAGCCGAAUGGAUUCAAAGAUGGGCUUCAACCUGGUCGAUACAACCUGUGUUGUAGCAAAUGAACAACUGUGAAUAUUGUUUUCAUGACUUAUAUGUAAGAAAACUGAGUAGUCAUUAUUAAAUACAUUUUAAUAGCUAGUGGUGUGCUUCAUAAAUCAGGAAUACAAGAAUAAUAAGGCAAUACCUGAUCAUUUGAUCAUAAAGUCAGUUCAGAUGUGCUGGGCCUAUAAGUUCACAUUUUGGAUCUCCAACUGAGAACAGAGGAGUUUGCGUUUAGUGCUCAGUUUUCACCAGUACAGAGAAGCUGGUAAAUUCGUUUUCACACUUUGCAGCAAAGGAGUCUUGAUUUUGACUCUGUUGAUUUUCUGUCUCAGAAGUGUCAUUUCCUGUGUUCUGUCUGGUAAUUUGGCCUGGUAAGGUGCAAUAUGCAACCUUUUUGCUCAGUUUAGAUGGGUGAUAUGCUUUUGCUGUAUACAUUGAAAGGGUUUGUUGUAAUGUGAAUUAUUAACAUGCUUUUUAAAUUAAAUCAAGUGAUUCAUUGUGUGCCUCUUUAUUAUCUGUUGCAAAAACUCCUCCAGGAUUCUGUUACCACCUUUCAUAGAGCAGAGAUCCCCAUUUUGAGAUUUUUAUUAUCAG